AUGGAAGAUGAAACAAGUCGAACGACCAAUGUCAUUGGAAGCGCACCUUUGGCUCUUACCGAGUCUCUUGAUUCAACAAUGGAAGUUCAACAACAUGCAUUGACGGUGAAGAGAAAAGCUAUAGAAUCAAGAUCUGCUGCUUGGCCGCAUUAUGAGAAGCUCAUAGAAGAUGGAAUUAAUAAAGCUAAGUGCAGGUAUUGUGGUAAAGUUCUCUUAGCUGAUUCAACUAAAAAUGGAACAAGUGGACUGAAUAAACAUUUGAAAACUUGUCCUAAAAAUCCAAAUAAGGUUAACAAUUUCAAUUCCAAGUACAAACAAUCAAAUUUAAACUUUCCCUUAGAAGGUGAAAUGUGUGAUGGGGCAAUUUGGACUUUUGAUCAAGAGGCAUCUCGGAGGGCUUUAGUUGAGAUGUUAAUCCUUGAUGAACUUCCUUUUCGUUUUGUUGAAAAGGAAGGUUUUAAGAAUUUUAUGAAAAAAACCCAACCUUUAUUUCGAGUUCCCUCCCGUAGAACAGUGACUAGGGAUUGUUAUCAAGUUUUUGGUGAAGAGAGACAAAAGUUUAUGAAGUAUUUGAAAGAAACAUCACCGAGAGUUGUUACUAGUCAUAAGGGUGACGAAAUGGCCCGUUGUAUUAGUAAGUGUUUGCUUGAUUGUAAAUUGGAGAAAAUAAUCACUAUAACUGUAGAUAAUGCUUCUUCUAAUGAUGUCAUGGUGAAAGAGUUACACAAACAAAUAGUUAAUUGGGGAUCUAACAUGAAAUGUGGUAACCAUCUUCACGUGAGAUGUAUGGCUCACAUUUUGAAUCUUAUUGUGCAAGAUGGCCUGAAAGAAGUUGGUCCAUCGAUCAAACGUGUUAGGCAAAUGGUGAAAUAUGUUAGACAAUCUCCCGCAAGGAUUAGGAAAUUUAAGGAAUGUUGUGAACUAAAAAAUAUAAACAGUAAGAAGUCAUUAUGUUUAGAUGUUCCAACCCGGUGGAAUUCGACCUACUUGAUGUUGGAUGCCGCACAACAUUUUGAGAGUGCAUUUGAUUACUUUGAUCUCGAAGAUGGUGGAUUGUCAACUUAUCUUGCUAAUCAUGUUUGUGAAGAUGGAAGUGUUGCAGGUGUACUUGAAAGUGAUGAUUGGCAAAAGGUAAGUAAUAUGGUAAUAUUUCUUAAAAGAUUUUAUGAUCUAACUGAAAAGGUUUCAGGUUCACUCUACGUCACUUCUGCUGGUCACUUUGAAGAUAUAGUUGAGCUUCACAAUCAUUUAAGAGAGUGUAUGGAAGACAAUGAUCCUUCUUUGGCAAAAAUGGGAGAAAAAAUGAAACAAAAGUUUGUCAAGUAUUGGGGUGCUCCUGAAAAAAUGAAUAAAGUACUUUUUAUUGCCUCUAUCUUAGAUCCUCGUAACAAACUAGAGUAUGUUGGCGACGCACUUGAGGAUAUGUUUGGAGAUGAAAAAGGGAGUGAAAUAAAAGAUGAAAUGGUGACUUACAUGAAAUCUAUGUUUGAAGAGUAUGUAGCAAAAUUCUCUAAUGUAUCUCGACGCCCAUCUACUCUCUCUGAUUUAUCGAGUCAGACAUCAGAUUCAUCUAUCUCUAACACUAGCACAAAAUCAACAAAAGUAAGAAAUAGGAUCCAAAUGAAGAGGAACAAACUAGAUGGUACAGGUUUGGGUAGUAAGUCGGAGUUGGAAAGGUAUCUUAGUGAAGAACUAGAGCCGACUGAUGAUGACGACAAUUUUGAUAUCUUGUCGUGGUGGAAAGUUCAUUCUCCUAGAUAUAAAAUUCUUUCCGAGAUGGCUCGUGAUGUGUUGGCAAUUCCAAUUUCUAGUGUGGCAUCGGAAUGUGCCUUUAGCACCGGAGGCCGUAUUCUUGAUUCAUUUAGGAGUUCUUUGACUCCGAAAUUGGUGCAAGCUGUUAUUUGUCUUCAAGAUUGGCGUCGAAAUGAGUCUUAUCCCAUAAAUGUUGAAGAAGAUUUUAAUGACCUUAUGAAACUUGAACUUGCUAUGGAUGAUAUUGAUUUGCAUUGUUCAAGCUGAAGGUGUGUAGUGUGCUGCUGCUGCAGCUUAUUGUUGUUGCUGGUUGAUUGUGUUGCAGCUUAUUGUUGCUGCAGUGCAGCCUGCAGCCUGCAGGUGUUGUAGUUUG